AUGAAAAUACUUAAUCUAAGUUAUUCACUUUAGUUAAAGAAUUAUUAUUUACAGCAGAAGAAAAAAUUUUAAAUAAUAACAAUUUAUUUAGAGAUGCAGCUUUUUACAGAAAUUAAUAAGUUCUAUAAAUCCAAAAGACUAAAUUAUAUUUUUUAUAGGGCUUAAAGCAAUAUUUUUAGAGUAAUUUUUCUCAAUCAUUUGAAUAAUUUACAUUGUGUUUAGAAGAAGGUACUCAUUAUGAUCCCUCUUUAAGAAAGAAAUCACUAUUUCAUAUAAACUACUUAAUUAAAUACAUAAAAGAAUCACCACAAUAAGUUCUAAUGA